AUGCACCCAAAAAAAAUUGGUAGGCCAAGAAAAAACCAAGAGGAACAUGAAAGUGCAACAACUGAAACUCCAAUCAACCAAAAUGUGGAUCCCAAUAAAGCAUCUGGUUCUAGGAGAAAGACUAGAAGGAGGAGUACAGAAACCAGGAAAAACCAGGAUGAAGGGCAAAACCAGGAAAAUGGACAACAAGAGGUUGAUGAGGGUAUGGUCAGUCAAGUUAUAGAUGAAGUUGUUGAGGGACAAUCUAAGUCACGAAAGCUGAGUGAAAUUCUUGAUGAUGUUGAGGAUGGUAUAAAUGAAAUUCUUAGAGACAUUCAAGAGGAAGAACCUGAGUUUCUUGAAGGUAAUGCAGAUGAUGUUAUACCUGAUAAAAUCUAA